AGUCCGACUUAAAGCACAUUACUCUCUUGUUCUUUCUCUCACACAAACUCUCUAGUCUCUUUGUAGUUCUUUAUCUCUCCGUCCUAUCUUAGUUGUAAAAUGUCCAACAGUGAAGGAGAAGAGCAGACACAGAAGGCCUUCGGCUGGGCAGCGCAAGACCCCUCUGGAAUUCUCUCUCCAUUUCACUUUACUAGGAGGGUCAAUGGAGAUGAUGAUAUUACCAUGAAGAUACUUUACUGUGGAAUCUGCCAUACAGACCUUCACUUUAUAAGGGAUGAUUUCGGAUUUGGUGUUCACCCUAUUGUUCCUGGGCACGAGAUUGUGGGAGUAGUGACCCAAGUAGGGUGCAACGUAGAGAAAUUCAAGAUAGGUGAUAAAGUAGGCGUGGGGUGCUUGGUUGGCUCUUGCGGUGCUUGCGAAAGCUGUGAGCAGGACUUUGAGACCUAUUGCCCCAAAGUGGAAUUUACGUACACCAUGUUUGAUGAUGGAACCGGAAAGAAAAACUACGGCGGAUAUUCCGAUAUCUUCGUUGUUAAUGAACACUUCGCCGUUCGCUUGCCGGAGAAUCUACCGUUAGAUGCUACUGCACCGUUACUAUGUGCCGGGAGUACUGUAUAUAGCCCCAUGAAAUACUAUGGACUGGAUAAGUCUGGAAAGCAUUUGGGAGUGGUUGGGCUUGGUGGACUUGGGCAUGUGGCAGUGAAGUUUGGUAAGGCCUUGGGGAUGAAGGUGACUGUGAUCAGUACAUCACCAAGCAAAAAGAAGGAAGCCACUGAAAGAUUUGGGGCUGAUUCAUUUUUGGUCAGCAAGGAUUCAGACCAAAUGAAGGCUGCGGUCAGCACAAUGGAUGGAAUUAUUGAUACGGUCUCUGCCUCUCACCCUAUAGAACCAUUGCUUGAUCUGUUAAAGCCUCAAGGGAAGCUAGUGGUGUUGGGUGUAUCAGAGAGAGCAAUAGAAUUGCCAAUCUUUCCAUUACUUCGGGGGAGGAAGCUAGUUGGGGGAAGUGGAGUAGGUGGGAUGAAAGAAACACAAGAAAUGAUAGAUUUUGCAGGGAAGCACAACAUAGUUGCAGAUAUCGAAGUUAUAUCAAUGGACUAUGUGAACACAGCUAUGGAACGACUUGCAAGAGGAGACAUUAGAUAUCGAUUUGUUAUUGACGUAGCUAACACAUUAAAUGUUUAGUUCAUUUCUAUCUGAAUUGGCAUACGCUUUAUUUCUUGUGUUUUUAUAAGGUACGGUUGAUAUGAAUUGGAGGUCCAAUGAUUAUGUAAUAGUUCAAAUUGCUAAUAAAUGGUAAUCUAUUUUGAGUAGGGA